AGUCAUUAGCAGCUCAUAAUGUUGCUUGUAAUGAAAUAUUUUUCAAAUAUCAAGAUUGUAAAUACGAGCAUCCGUAUCGUAAAUUCCUUGGUUACUGCAACGACAUCGAGAAACAAAUGUCUUUGUGCAUAAAAGGGCAACUAGAAAUUAAUAGAACAAAAAAUAAAAAACUUUCAGAGAUGAAAAGAACAGCUAUCGUUCAAAAAGAACAAGAAAAUAAUAAAAGUACGGUAUAAAUUGAUUUCGAAAAUUUUUUUAAAGUAAUUUAGUUUGUACUGCAUACAUAGUCAGAGAUACUUCAUUUUGUUACAAAACUUAUUUAUACAAAAAUUGUAAUAAUCAAAAAUGAAUGUUGAUUCUAAUAAUGAACCAAUUUCAAAAAGAAUUAAAUCAUCCAAUGUCAUGGAUGAAAAUUUAUUUACUACACAUGAACAAUUGCAAAGUAAAAAUACUUUGCACGAGGAAAGUAAUACUGAUAAGACUUCUGAAUAUCAAGAAAAUAUGGAAGUAACUGGUAACGAAGAUGAAGGAAUGUCGCUAACUAACGAUGAGGAUGAUCAUUUAUUUUCAUUUCCACCAGACAAUGACAUUACAGACAUGUUAGAAGGGGUGAAAUAUGAUGGACUGUUUCCAACAAUUACAGAUCGAUAUUUUACUGCUCAUUACAAAUUAGAUGUACAAAGUACUACAGAUGAUAUUUGCAUUCUGAUGCAUAGUAAUCGUAUUUGUAUGCUUACUUUGGCUCCAAGUCAUGCAGCUUUACAGAGCAAUGUACAAAUAACAAAAGUAGAUUUUAAAGUUAGCGAAAAACUAGAUAGAGUUUUGAAUAAAGUCUCAGGCAAGAGUAAACAUGGUGCUCAACCUUUGCAAGCUAAUUCUAAUAUUUGUAUAAUUACUUGUUCAGAUGGAAAAACAUAUACUAUAAAAUGCUGUAUAAUUGGAAAAUUAGUAGAAGUAAAUGAAGCAUUAUUACAAAAUCCAAAACUUUUAUUGGAGCCUCCACAUAAGGGAGGCUAUUUAGCUAUAGUGCUUCCAAAUAUAAAACACUUGGAUAAAAUGAAAGAAUCUUUGUUAACACAAAAACAGUAUGACUUUAAGAUUUUAGAACGCGGGAAUUCUGUUAAUCAGUUGAACUCCAACAAAGAUCAAAUUACAUUAUCCAUUGUAAGUUGAUUUCGCGUAUAAAAAUGAUCGUAAUUGUGAUUUACUUGACUUCUGGUAAAUGUACAUAUAUGCAUUUUUUAAGGUAAGAACAAAUACACAAAUGAUAAGAAAUGACUCGUCUUGUACUUUUUCCGUCAUUACAACUAACAUUAUGUACUGUUAAUUUCAAUUGUUAUUAUUUAUCGUAUAAUGGUGUAAUCUUUGGUGUAACGUUUGAAUUAUAAAGUUAAUGUUUUAUCAAAUAUGAAUUGUU